AUGGAGGAACACCAGCUAAUUCUGGAGCCCAUAAUCCUCUUCCUCCCCCGGGGACGGGGAGCGUGCCAGUCACGCACCCGCCGGCGGGCCCCGGGUACGAGCCCCGGCAGCUCCCCAGGCGGUGCCGUGGGCCGGAGCGACUCCCAGACCAUGGGUGAUGUGCAGAAGGGUGCUCUGCAGCAACCUGGAACCCCAGAGGGCUCCCCUAGCAACCCCUGCCCCCAGGGGCUGCUCUCUGUAAUCCAGAAGCUGAAGGGUUCGCAGGAGCAGGAGCUCCGCAUCAUCCUGCUGGGGCUGGAUAACGCGGGCAAGACGACGCUGCUCAAGCACCUGGCGUCUGAAGAGGUCAGCACCAUCACCCCCACACAGGGAUUCAACAUCAAAAGCGUCCACUCCCACGGUUUGAAGCUGAAUGUUUGGGAUAUUGGGGGGCAGCGCUCCAUCCGCCCAUACUGGAAGAAGUAUCUGGGCAGCACAGACCUGCUGAUUUACGUCAUUGACAGUGCCGACCAGAAGCGUUUUGAGGAGACGGGGCAGGAGCUGGCAGAGCUCACAGAGGAUGAGAACCUCAUGGGGGUCCCGCUGCUGGUGUUUGCCAACAAGCAGGACCUGGUGACUGCAGCACCUGCAGCCGAAAUUGCAGAAGGGUUGAGCCUCCACACCUACCGAGACCGGGAGUGGCAGAUCCAGGCCUGCUCAGCCCUGUCUGGGGAAGGGGUGCAGGAUGGGAUGAACUGGAUUUCCAGUCAGAUCAUGAACAGGAGGAAGUUAGAGCUGCAAAGUGCCAGACGGGACUGA